CCACAGGUGGCAGGCCCUGUUUAACAAGGCGCAGCUCUCGCCUCCACCCACAGCCAAAAGUAAAGAAAGUCAUGCGCACAGAGGAGAAAAAGAACCUGAAGAGGAAUUCACGCUACCAAGGCAUCUACCUUUAGUCUCAAUAACCUCCAAACUCUCUUUCUCUUUUUGUUACCCUUCCAUGGAAUUUCACAAAGAAGACAGCCAGGAGGACGCACAUGAGUGUCCAGUGUGCUAUGAGUCUCUGUCGGGCACAGAGAGGACUCUGAGCUGCGGGCAUGUGUUCUGCCACGACUGUCUGGUCAAAACGCUGGUCAGCAUCAACAGCGAUGGGAACAUCAGAGACACUAUUGUUUGCCCCAUCUGCCGACAUCUUACAUUUAUCAAGAAACAAAAGGAAGCGUUGGUGUCUCUCGCGGCGGACAAGGAUUCAAAUGAAGCGCAGACACUAGAGGUUCCUCUCCCUCUGCCGCCGGGACAACUCCAGAGCGCACGACGCACCUCCGGGGACAGUUUACCGAGGGGAGUUAAUUGGAUUGCUCAGUGCUUCAGGGGUCUCUUUGAACGAGUCCGUCGGCAGAGGUUGAUCAGCCCCAGCCAUAAUGCGUCUCAGAUCUUUAUCAUAAGCACCGAAGGGCGACCCAUGGCCGAAGAAGACGCACUUAGCGUUGUGAUGACUGUGGUUCAUCCGCAGCGCAGGAGAAGGCGAAGGAUUUGCACGACAGCACGAUGCCUUAUCUUUUUGCUGUCAGCGUUCACUGUACUCGCACUGGUGGCUGCAACUCUACCCUGGAUUUUAUUGGCAUAGCCCAGUUAUGUUGAUGUCUGGAUUAUGAAGUGCCAACGAUGAACAUUUGUAGAAAACAUCUUGUCAAGUAGUUCAGUUAUGCAACGAAGUGUAUGCAUUUCAGACAAUAAUGACUGCACUGAAAAUGUGCAAUUUAGACAGUGUGAUUAUGCAGACUUUAUCCUGCACCAUGGUUUUGAAAUGUGAUCACGUGUUGUCAUUUCCAAGUUUACAGGCAUGCCCAUGUUCUUUAUAUGCAUUACCAGGCAACAGCCUAAAGUAAAGUAAAACCUAGGAAAGCCAUGGCUGCAAAGUCCUUUGUCUUUGCAUUCCUAUCUGUGACAUGUUCUACCUGUUUUAUGAGAGCCUUUGUGCAGGAAAUAGUUUAACAAUGUCAAGGCACAUCCAAAUGUUUUUAAAUCCAACUAGAGUGGACCAUUUGCAAUUUUAAUUUCAACAAUUAAUAGAAAGGUUUGGCUGACAAAAAUACAAUAAAAGCCCUUCAACCAUGCUUAAUCCCAUUGUUGUCAGAGCAGCUCAGUUUAUUGUUGUUAGACACUGUUUCCAAGCAACGUUGUGGACUGUAGACUGCAAAGCAACAACAUCUGUACCAACUUCAGAAUUAUUUAAGACAGGUUGCAUUUUGGCAGUGAGACAUGAGCUUGGUUUAGUUAGUGAGCAAAGGAUAAAGACCUUGUUAAACAAACUAAGGGUAUCAGGUUGACAGACUCCUUCUUACAUCACAUGGAAAGAUGUCAAACAUUUAAAAAAAAGAAAUCUAAUGCAAUUCCCAUUUCAAACUUUAAUUUUAUACAUGCUGAUCAGGUGGGGUAAAUGUUUAAUAUACAGAUAGUUGGAGGAAAUGGUUGGUUGUUUUAGAUUCUUCAGUAACUUUAUAACAUGUGAUUGGCUCACUAUGUGAGUUUCUAAAGACAGUGUAAACAGAGCCACCUUUAAGACUUUCAGUGAGAAAUAAUUGAUGCACCCAUGGCGGUCUGAGGGAGAUACACUAGCAGGUAAGGAUGAGCAGUGCCGGCUGAUCGCUGUAAGGAGAUACACUGCUGGACUGUAGCAUCAGAUUACCACUGACGCUUUAAGAAUCAUGAUUGAGACAGUGCACAGAGAGAGAAAGCCGAGUUAUGCAACAUGGGGUGGUGAUUCAAAACAAAUGGAAACACUAGUUCAGUAUCACCACCAUCCUGACAAACAUGUACGCUCCUAGUUUCCUAAAUGUGGCAAGCCUUCAGCCAUCCUGCUGGGCCAGUCCUACAGGUUACACACAUGGGGAGACUUCUGUUUUUCAGUCAUACCUGCUUUCUCAAAGUAUGGGAGGAGUGUGAUGAUUAUUAAUUUUAUCUGAUGACUCAGACUUUAAAAUAUUUUUCUGUUGAUGGCCACAUCAGUGGACGAAUUCAAAAGUAGAUGAUCUGUAAAAUUAAAAGCACAAAAGUCACAUUUCAAAGCAAAUAGAAAAUAGCUGAAGAAGGAUAAUACUAGCAUUUUAUUCAGUUCAGUGAGGAAAUUGUUCAAAGAACCAGCUAUUCAUUCUAUGGCAGGUUUAGCCUUCAGGUAAUGUUGGAAGAAGUACUCAGAUCCUUAACUCAAGUAAAAGUACUCCAUCAGAAAUACUCCAUUAGAAGUAAAAGGCCUGAAGAAAACUAAAAGUACCAAAGUAUAAUCAGCAAAAUGUAGUAUAUUCUGCGGUAAAAUGUUCUCUGUGACUGAUAUAUGAUACUAUGAUACGAUUAUUAAUAGUAAUCUAUUAACACAUAAGCAGCAUUUUACUGUUGUAGCUGGUGUAUGUCAUGUAUGUAAGUUUGAUCUUUCUGCUACCACAAGAUAGAUCUGACAUAGUGGGGGAAGAAAGAACAAAAACUAAAUUUUUCUUUCUUUUUUACUUCUCUGUCUCUACUAAUCUUUAUUUUUUUACUGAACUAUUUGAUAUAUUAUAUCUUCAAGCCUCUAACAGUUAUUUAAAUGGCACCAUGUAAACUUCUUUAGAGGAGAAAUGUCUUGUGAAGAGAAACGCAGAGCUGCUAACAACUCAUCUGACAUCUGAAACACGAUAAUAUGCUGGUUUAAUCAAUCAUUCAUUAAAUCUUGUA